AUUGUAACUAGGUAAUGUAAUGAAUUACGGUGGUGUACCUAAUGUUUCAUAUAAACGAUUGAUUGAUUGAGGUUGUCACGCUGCUAGUUUAAAUAAAUAUAUUUUUUCAACCAAAAUCCUUGUCUUUAAUCGUUAUCUUAAUUGGCGCUGAGGACAGGAUACCCGUCGUUUUCCUGACACGUUCAGAGGCCGAUAAAAUCUCGCGACCGUACUGUGCCGGACUACGUACGUUUCUACGUUUCAACGGGUAGCCAAACAAAUAAAUUUAUUAAAAAAACACCAAGAGGACCUGCCGCAGAAGAAACCAGUCAACCUAGCUGUUUCAGGAAGCUGUCCAUCUCCAGCCGACCGGAAACAAUCCUGAGUAUUCUAGACCAGCUGUAAGGUGUGGUGAAAGCAGCUGGAAGGAAUAAUGUAUCCGUCAAGAGGAGUGAACGACUCCGUGCACUGGUUCAUAAACGAGCUUACGUCCAGGGUGGUCGCGGAGUCGGGGACACACUCCGACAUACAUCAUCUCGGGAAAAUCCUGCUGCGGAGCCUGAAGGAUUAUCCGGAUUUCGUUUUACAGAUAGACGGGGCGACGGGUGAAUCUGAAACCAAUGGAUCAGUCCUCGAGAGGACAGUACGCUGCGCCAUCGCCCUCAAGAGCCUGGGUCUCCAGCGCGGUGACGUCAUCACCCUCAUGGCUCCGAACAACAUCGACCUGGCCAUACCGUUCUACGCGGCGCUCUACCUGGGAGUCACUGUGUCUCCUAUUGACAGGACUUUGGGUGUUGAUGAACUCCAACGAACUUUCGAAGUGACGAGACCAAAGGUGGUAUUUUGCCAAAGCGACCGGGCCCCAGAUGUGCAGCUAGCUCUGAACAGAAUCGAGUCGGCCUUCAUAGUCACCUUUGAUACAGGCUACCGGCUUAGUUUCCCUGAAUUCUUAGGGAAAUAUGGGGACAAAAGCCCUUUCGACGAAUUCCAGCCAACAGAUUUCGACCCAGAAGACACUAUUGCCCUCCUAUUAGCCACCAGCGGAUCUACUGGACUGCCAAAAAGUGCUGCUGCCACUCAUAAGAAUUUAGCAAUCACAGCACCAUACGAUUGGAUCCGACACACAAAGUUCCCGAACCCUACCAAGAUGAUAUUCAUCAUAUCACCCCUACAAUGGCUCACUGCGAUAGCAAUGUUUCUGACAUCUCCCAUCAUGCGAAUUACCAGGCUGCAAUCAUCGCAGACUUUAACGCAGAAACACACUUAUGAGCUUAUCAACAAAUACAAGCCAACCUUCAAGAUAGUCAGUCCGACGUUUCUGACCACUCUUCUAACACCGGAGGGGCGUGAGGAGUGCGACUUCAGCUGUUUCGAAACAAUCGUUAUCGGAGGCAGCGCCGUUACAGCUGAUCUGAUACAGGAGGUUAAGAAAAUAGCGCCGCGUACAGAGGUACUGAACGGAUACGGCAUGAGUGAAGUCACAUCAUUGGUGUUCAUAAAUGAAGGUUUGAACCCCGGCUCUGCCACCGUUGGGAAACCUAUGGGCUGUUUGCAGUACAGGUUGAUAGAUGUGGAGACUCAAGAGGACAUCUGCGAACCAUACAAGAACGGGGAGCUGUGGGUCAAAGGCCCUGGUAUAAUAAGGGAAUACUACAGAAACCCUGAAGCGACAGCAGAGGCGUUCGCCGAAGACCGUUGGUUCAAAACCGGCGACAUGUUCUACAGAGAUGAAAAUUAUAACUUUUACUAUGUGGAGCGAAUUAAACUACUGCUGAAGUAUAUGAAUCAUCAAAUCUCCCCAGUAGAACUGGAGAGAGCAAUCCGCCGGCACCCAGGAGUUCUAGACGUAGCCGUGACCGGUAUACCGGACCAGCGCGGGGAUUUACCGGUCGCUUGCGUGGUGCGGCGGCCAGGGCAUGACGUCAGUGCCGAGGAGAUCCAACAGUUGGUCAAAGAAAAUUUGGCAGAAACAAAACAACUAAGGGGAGGCGUAAUAUUCCUGGACGCAAUACCACAAACGGCAUCCACGAAGAUCCAUCGGAGAAAACUCAAGGAGAUUGCUAUACAAAUGUUAACAAAUUAAGGAUAGAUAAGAAUUACUCCGUUUUCGAGUCACCAUUGUGGCGUCAAUGAAUCUAUAGAGUAAUAUACAUUUAGUCGAGAAAAAAUGUGUUAAUAUUAACCUUUUAAACGCCAAUGGCCGAUAUAUACGCACCGUAGGUUCAACGCCAAAGACCGAUUAAUCGGUCAUAGACCACAGAGCAACAUAGACCUACAUGCAUAUGCGUAAAGUUCAAUUUCAGUUUUGACACUUCGGUGACGCGUCGACGGCGUCUGGAUGGCAGCUUUUGUGUUUGACACACAUAAUUCAAAUGCAAAAGUAUCAUGAAAUAAAUUUAUUUCUCAAACAUCGAAAAUAGAAUCAAACUAACACAUAUAUUCUGUUU